AUGUCAUUUCUCAAUAAUUAUUCAAUGAAAACACUAUUGCUAACAUACUCUGUUUUAUUUUCUGUGGCAUUUUCAUCAAUCUCAUAUAUAACAGGAUAUUUUGGAGGACGAGUAAUAAUAGAUGAAUUUUUAUCUUAAUCUGAGAUUAUAUAUGAGAGAGCUAAUACAAACAAAUUUAGUUAUGCGACCCAUUAUUAUAACUAUUUGAAUUCUUACUUUUAAAUAAGUAACUAUCUAAUGUUAAAUUAGAUGCUAAUCCCCUUAUCACUUUAAAUCAACUAUAUUUAGCUUAUUUUAGAAAAAUUUUAUUGAACAGCUCAUUAAACUAAAAUAAUUUUGGUGGAAUUUAAUCUUAUCCAUCAAUAAUUGAAAGUAAAAAGCAUUAGAAUUUUUCUGAUUCUAUAUUUUGUUAUGCCUUUAAAAAUGAAUUUAAUUCUUCUGAUAUAAACUAAAUAGACUAAGUUACUUUUGGUGAUUUUAUUGGUUCUCUAGGAUAAAUUAUAUAUCCUUAAUUUGAUUCUAAUGAAGCUUUUUUAUAUGGAUAUAUUGAAGAAUAACCUAAACCACUUUAUUCUUAUCCAUGCUAUGCUUUAGGAAGUGAUAUCUUAAAUUUUUAACCAGAAACUAGACCAUGGUAUAUUUUAGCAUAAAAUAUAUCUAAAUUUACAAAAAUUACAAAAGAGUAUCACUAUAGCAUUUCUGAUCCAUACUUGUGUAAGUUUUUGAGAUAAUUAUGUAGUUAAAUAAGAUUACAAAAUCGGAAUAACUUUAACUCUACCAUUAAUGGAUAAAUUUCUUCAAUUUUCUGGAGCUUUUUGUAUAGAUAUUUUUUCUAAUUAUAUAAUUCAAGUAACUUAAAAAAUACUAAAUGAAUACAAAGAAGUCUAUAUAAUGAUUUUAACUAAAGAUGGCAUUUUAAUCAAUUAAUAAAAUAACACACAUAUAUAUUUUUAUGACCAAAACAUUACUGGAUUUAAUAAGAAUAANUGUAUAAGCUUAAAAAUCUAUUUGAUUAAGAUCCUUCAUUUAAAUAUAAAAACUUACAAAAAUUUGAUCUGUCAUUAUUAAUUAUAUUGA